UGUAUAAGAGAUCCUGGUUUCUGUUAGGUGAAUUGAGGUUAGAUUUUACAUGUCAGUAUAUUUUGCUUCUCUAAGGCAGAACGUUCUAACCUGUGAGAACAGGAAAAAUCAGAGAAGAAAGGAGAUGCAGGAAAAACAUUCGGCAUGUUUUUGAGGACUGACUUGGUAUAGAAAUGCUGAGUGUUCUGUAUGUUUGAGUUGAUUUGAGUAUUGCAGUGAAACUCAAAAACAUCUGCUUAAAAAUACGUUUCUAGAACUGUUCUUGAAACUUUUAACACUUUUGUGCAGUGUUCUUUCUUAUAAACUGUUGGUGCACUUCAAGAUCUAACGUAUUUUCAGUGUUGGCAUUUUAAAUUGGAAGCUCUAGCUGCUCCAAUUGUUGCAUAUCAUCCUUAAUGUUAUCUUCUAACUACUUCAUCUCCUUCUUUGCAGUAAAUAUUUAAUGACAGUUAUAUUUCUGUGUUUUAAAAAGCAAGCAACAGGUAUUUUGUAGAAAGUAUAGGGAGGAAAUCAUCUAGACAUCUUGGAUAUUGUAAUCCUAACGGUGUAGUCCUAGGGAUUUAAGUGGCCUCACAUUUUCCGCAAAAGUAACUCAGUAGUAUCAGAUGAAACUUGCCAUAGCUUAGGGUCCAGCCCCAUGUAUUUGGAGUUCUUCUGCAUCAGCUGUCAAGUAUGAUAGUGAUUAUUAAGUAACCCAGCAUCCGAUUUCUACGCUGGUUUGCGCUUGCUUUCUCUCCCACUCUCUUUCUCCCACUCUCAGUCAUUCACUAAAAAUAUUAAUGUUGUUACACAGAAAAUGUCCAGGAAAACAGUCUAUCAAUUUCCCCUCUAAUUUUACAAAUAAUUUUGGGACUUUUGAUGGUGUGCAUGUAUUUGUUUAGUUAGUUUGUUCUUUUUAAUUACUGAUAAGUCUAAAGGGAAGAAUUGUCAGCAUGCAUAACGUUAUAUUUGGUCAGUUUUUUUUCUAAAUCAGCAUUUGCGUUCUAUUCCUGCGGGACCGACUAGAAGAAAAGUAAUCCACUGGAGUCAUGAGCCCCUUCCUUGUCAGAUACCAGCUUCAGGGAAUCUGUCUUUGAUCAGCUUUGUGCAUUACGAAAAGAGAUUCUGAAGGACCUGGAUGAUUACUAUGAAAAAUUUAAACGAGAGACAGAUGCCGUGCAGAAGAGAAGAAUGUUGCACUGCAUACAGAGAGCCUUGAUUCGGAGUCAGGAACUGGGGGACGAGAAGAUUCAAAUCGUCAGUCAGAUGGUGGAGCUCGUUGAGAACAGAACCAGGCAAGUGGACAGCCAUGUGGAACUGUUUGAGACUUGUCAAGAGACUAACGAUACCACUGGAAACAGUGGGAAAGCCAGCCAAGAUAAGUCAAAGAAUGAGACAAUCACACAGGCUGAAAAGCCCAACAAUAAGAGAUCGAGGCGGCAAAGGAAUAAUGAGAAUCGAGAAAAUGCUUCAAAUAAUCAUGAUCAUGAUGACAUCACCUCAGGAACUCCAAAGGAGAAGAAAGCAAAAACGUCCAAGAAGAAGAAACGAUCCAAGGCUAAAGCAGAGAGGGAAGCUUCUCCCCCAGACCUUCCUAUUGACCCUAACGAGCCAACAUACUGCUUGUGCAACCAAGUCUCCUAUGGAGAAAUGAUAGGAUGCGAUAAUGAUGAGUGCCCCAUUGAGUGGUUUCACUUUUCCUGCGUGGGACUCAAUCAUAAACCAAAGGGCAAAUGGUACUGCCCCAAAUGUAGAGGAGAAAACGAGAAAACUAUGGACAAGGCAUUGGAGAAGUCUAAAAAAGAAAGGGCCUACAACAGGUAGUUUGUAGACUUUUCAGAGCAAAGAAGAAUAGAACCACCAAACCAGUGUAUUUAUUGUCAGCGUCACCUUUGUUGAGGUGAAAGGAUUGUAAAAUGUAUAUUUUUAAAGGAGGUUUAAAACUGAACCAUUCCUGUUGUAGGGACGGCAAUAAGCAAUUUUGUUUUUCAUUUGGUAAACUGUAACAAGAAUGUGGUCUGUGGACCAAUGUAUUCCAAAAGUAAAGUUAUAAAAGUUUAAACUGAAUAUUCGGGUGGGUCUUAAAAGAUAAAUUAAUACUUUUCUUUUUUUUUCAGUGCUGGUAGCACUCUACCCAUUAAAAUUUUGAUGACAAAUAUCUCUGAAAUGUAAUUUCGUUUUCUUUAAUGAAAAUUGUUAUCUACCUUUUGAGCAAAAUUGUUAAAUAGUUUAGCCAUCUGGUUGUAUCUGAAUAAAGCUGCAAUACAUUACAAAUGUAACUUCUUUUGGUGAUAAGCAGUGCAAGAGCAAACAAAAGGAGGGUAAAAUUUGGUUCCUGCUACAAAGUGUCAGUAUAAGAGUUCAAUAGCAAAUGUUUAAAUAGGCUUAGAGGAUUAUUUUUUAAAAAAAAAAGUUAAUGGUUAAAUUUUACACAACAAAUAUUUUAUAUGCUGGCCAAGUACCACGAGGGCCAUUUUAAAAUGAUUGAAUAUGUUUUAUAUUUAACCAGGAAGUGGUUUAGUAAUGAGACUUAACAUAAACGAAGCUUUAUACUGUCACAGAUAGUAGUGUAGCAAUCCUUAAUUUGUUUAAGUUGUAUAAAUGUACAUUUUUAAGUGGAGUUGCACUUACUGUAUUAUACUUGGAAAUGCAGCCAAAUGCCAUUGUGUAACCAAUGUGCAUUUCCUGCUGUAUGUAUGAAAAUUGUACAGCUGUGAUAUUAAGAAAUAAAUGAAACAACUUUGACAGUU